AUGUAAGAGCUUGUGACUGAGCAGUCGGAGCUAGCCAGCUUUAACAUUAACACACAUUCACUGUUCACGCCAUGAUUUGAGGCUGCAAAAGGAAAAGGCUGGCGAUAGAAAGAGAGAGAGACUAAGCGAGGGGAGCUGAAGUGGGAGCUGCCUCAGAUUGUCCGAAGGGGCAGCAUUUCUCCAUCAAGUUCCGGUUGCUCUGUCUGCGUUGCAUGCCAUUUGGAACGGCAACAAUAGGUUGCCACCAUUUAGAGCUUGGACUAUUUUUCAAAUAGACUGACUCUUAUUAAUGCUAGAUAAACAUGAGCUCCUAUUUUGUUAAUCCUCUUUUUUCCAAAUACAAAAGCGGCGAAACAUUAGAGCCAACUUACUACGACUGCAGGUUUCCACAGAGCGUUGCCCGGAGCCACACGCUUGUGUAUGGACAUGGAGCAGCUGCACCGGGGUUUCAACACCCGUCGCAUCACGUACAGGACUUUUUCCAUCAUGGAACCACAGGUAUCUCCAACCCUGGUUAUCAACAGAACCCCUGUGCAUUGGCCUGUCAUGGAGACGCAACGAAAUUUUAUGGAUAUGAAGCCCUUCCGAGGCAACCGCUUUAUGGUACCCAGCAAGAGGCGAGCUUAGCGCAAUACCCAGACUGUAAAUCGUCCAAUAGCACUAACCCUGGAGAAGGACAAGGCCACUUAAGUCAGAACUCCUCUCCAAACCUCCUGUUCCCAUGGAUGCGGCCUCACGCUCCAGGGAGACGCAAUGGAAGACAGACAUACAGCCGUUACCAGACUCUUGAGCUGGAGAAAGAGUUCCUCUUCAACCCAUACCUCACCCGCAAGCGCCGUAUUGAGGUGUCCCACGCACUGAGCUUAACUGAACGGCAGGUGAAGAUCUGGUUUCAAAAUCGCCGAAUGAAGUGGAAAAAAGAGAAUAACAAAGACAAAUUUCCGGGGCAGAGAGGAGAGGCUGAGGCAGAGGCAGAAGCCGAAGAAGAAGGCAACGAAGACGGUGAGGUGGAGGAAGGAGAAGAAAAGGAAACGGAAGAGAAAGAGGAAAGCAAAGAGUGAUUUUAUGGUCUUUUUUAUGGUUAUAUGGCAGAUAUUGAAGAGGUCUCGCGAACGGGCAAUGAAACAGAAGACAAAAAGUGAGAAAAUCCCCCUCCAUACAAAAGUACCUUAAACCCUGCCCAAAAGGGAAAAGCGCUUUUUUUGAACUAACAUACGAGGACUUUCACCAUUAGCGAAAAGUGGACGUGUGUUUGACAAACUACUCAAAGUGGCCGUCUACCAGAAACACAAUUGACCCAUCAUAUUAUUUAUGGAAAUGUAAGCAGCAUGAUACACAUACAACGACGUUUAACAUUUAUUUCAUACUUGAUAUGUCUGGGGGAAUAAAAAGUGACUUUAAAACGAAAUACUGAAAUAAUUGUAUCCGCUUGUCACUAAAGAAAAACUAUUGGUCUUAUAUAUAAAAUUAAAGCCACAACAUGCUGACAUGAAGAAUAGAUUGUGUAUUCGGUGUAAUAUUAUUUCAGCAAUCCGAAUAUGGCAAUAUUGCAUUAGUGCCACUGCUGAGAAAGGAGAUGGCAAAUGUAGAAAAUGCAUUUUGUAUUACACAUACUUUAUCGAUUACUAAACUGUUCUUUAUUGUUCUAUGUGAGUAGGCGAGGUUACCAUUUGUAUAUAUUUUUUUCAUGAUUAUUUUAUUGGACUCACCAGAGAUUGCAAUCGUUUGAAAAUCUCGAGAGAAGCUACCUAAUCGUGGGAAAUUUGCAAUAUACAUUUCUACCUAGAGAUUUCAUAAACUCUUUUUUAGUGUAUUAAACCUAAGUUAUGUAAUUUACCCUUUAAACACUUACUAUUGUCGAGCUUUUUGAGGUCUUAGGAAGACAAAAUUUGCUCAGAGCCAAUUUAGCAAUUCUAAGAGAUUGUAUUACGGCACUACCUAAAACAAAGCUAUGCUAGCAAGAAAUAAUUGCCAAUUUAUUCUACAUGCAACGGCGCUGCUUUGUUAAAAAUAUUUAGACAUUGCCCCAACAACUUAAACUGCCUAUAGAAAAUACACAUUUUUGUGUAGAUGAUCAAACACACUACAUACUACCCUACCUUCUAAGGAAAGAAAGUCAUUUUAUCGUGCUAGUGUUAAAGCGUAGAUUUUGAAUUGCACUGAGUAUAACCUUGUACGUCUUGUAAUAUCUUGCUGUUCUCAAUAUGCUCGUUUUACUGGUGUUUCUCGUGUGAAUAUAGAAAUGCGUGUGUCCAAGCCAUUGUUGUUGAAAUCAAUGGAAGAAUAAACAAGCUGGCUCAUUCACCCACGUCUCUUUUUAUGCCUGAAUCCACUUGUUGACAAGACAUUGAAAUCCCAGAAACCGCUUCUUUCUCCAACAACCACAAUGAUGAAGUUCAGAUGGAAUACAUACGUAAAAGGAAAAUGUAUUUUUGUUUGUUUGUUUGUUUGUUUAACAAAAAAAAUACUUGUCAAAUAAUACGAAAGUAGGUCUCUCAUAAUAUUGUUGUAGACAAUAUUCCAAAUCUGUGUAAUGUUUGAAAUGGCAAAAUAAAAUCAAAAGUACAACACCAUUAUUGUCUGCUUUAUAACUGAA